GCGCUGCUGGUGCCAGAGAUGGCUGUGAGCAGUGUCAAAUCCCUGUACUGGGAAGUGUUCCCACCGAUGCCCACCCGCCGGGUCUACUGCACGCCGGUAUACCACGAGGGGCAGCUGUAUGUGGUGGGGGGCUGCAGCGAGACAGGGCUGCCUCUGGACACGGUGGAGGUGCUGGAUGUGGCGUCUCAGACGUGGGCUCCCCUGCCAGCCCUGCCCACCGCCCGGGCAGGGGCCACCGCCGUCUCCCUGGGCAAGAGGCUGCUGGUGAUCGGGGGCAUGGACGCCGAGCAGAGCCCCCUGUCCUCAGUGGAGGCCUACAAUGUCGACGAGGGCAAGUGGGAGAAGAAGGCCAAUCUUGGCCAGCCGUCAAUGGGCAUCACGUCGGUGGAGAAAGAGGGGAAGGUGUAUGCCCUGGGAGGGAUGGGCUCGGACACCUCACCCCAAGCUCUGGUACGAGUCUACGACAUUGCCAAGGACCAGUGGCAGCCUCUGCCUUCCAUGCCAACACCAAGAUAUGGUGCCUCGUCAUUCCUGCGGGGGAACAAGAUCUAUGUGCUGGGUGGAAGACAAGGUAAACUUCCUAUUACGGCGUUUGAGGCCUUUGACCUGGAAGUGAAAAGCUGGACCCGGUUUCCUUGUAUCCCGAGUAGGAGAGCCUUUGCCAGCUGUGCUAUGACUGACAAAUGUUUCUUCAGCCUUGGGGGGCUUCAGCAGCCUGGACCCCACAACUUCUACUCUCGACCCCACUUUGUCAGUGCGGUGGAAGUGUAUGACACAGAACUGGGAAUUUGGAAUAAACCCACACGAGCGUCUCGUAUGAGGGAAAAACGAGCUGACUUUGUGGCUGGUUACCUUGGAGGAAGAGUCAUCGCAGCAGGAGGCCUAGGCAAUCAGCCCUCGCCCCUGGCCUCCGUGGAGAGCUUCAACCCGGUGAAGAAGCGCUGGGAGUACCUGGCCCCCUUGCCCAACCCUCGCUGCUCCUGCGCAGGCCUGCAGACACCUCACAUGCUCUUCCUCAUUGGAGGGGUGGCCCAGGGCCCGAGCAACGCUGUGGAAGCGCUCUGCCUGCGCGAGAGCGUCUGAGGGAGGGACUGGCCGCGCACCAUGCCAGUUCGCAGCUCGGCCACAGCUGGAAGAGAACCCUAGCUUUCCAGCUUGUGACCUUUUCUAUCUCCCAAAGUCUGAUAGUUAGUCAAGGGGAAAUGUCAAGAGAAUCCACUGGAGUCUGUUCUUCUGGAGUCAAGAGCUUUUUAUGUACUCGAGGAAUAUGAAAGUGAAACAGAUCUGAAUUGUACCGCAGAGUUAUCAAUUUCCAAUCAGGGUGUUCGUUCAAAAGGAGCUUAGGGCCAUACCGCAGUAUCUGCCUGUAGCAGCUGCAAAUUGGAAAACAUUUGUUAAAGCCAAUGCAUGGGGUUUCUUCUUCUAUUACAUGAAAGUUAAUUUGCAUCUCAAUUUUAAUUUAUUUAAUUUACUGAUAUGAUUGAUUCAGUUUGGGUAACAGUUAGAAAAUGUAUAUUUUCCAUAAUGCAGAAACUAAACUAUAUAUUUAGGGAAUUUAGCGCUAUUGACGGGCAUUUAAGACAUUUAAUUUAGAAGUGGUAAUGGCAAUGUCUUAAAUCUGAAAUUCUGUUCAAACUACAGUAUAGACAUUUUAAUCCAUGAGAUGAUUUUUUAAAGAAGGACUACAGGGAGGUUUUUUCUUCAGCAAAUUAUUUUGUUUCCCACACGAUGAAAAAAACCCUUGUGAUUCUGCAAAAGCCACAGUGGAAAUUAAAUUGCACAAGGCAUGAUUUUGGUGCAUUGUAUCUAGUGCACUCUGGAAACACAGGUAUGAAAACUCUCUCUAUUUUCUCUGUACAUCUUCAACAUACAGUACAGUACCUUUUCGAAAUCUCCACUUUAAGUGAACAGAAAUUACAUCAGCUGAUGAGUUUAACUCAUUUUCUUGUACAGAAGGAAAUUAGUUUUGUUCUUUUUCAGGACUGGAUGCAGCCAGCUUUGAAUGAUGCCAGAUUAUUUGUCUAUAUUUUGUAAGAUUCUGGCUUUUUUCAAAACAUGACAGAUCCUUUUUCGAAGCAGACAUAUUAGAAAAUGCGAUUAAGGAAAGUGAACGGGACAGGAGUACCUCUGGCUGCUUUGUGUCAUCAGACAGGCUGAUCUUUUUCAAAUAUCAAAGAGUUGUGGAAUAAGUGGUGGACACAUUUACCACUUAACCAUCUUGACCACAUUUGGUCAAGUUCUACAGCGGAAGAACCCUCACAAAGUCAUUGUGGAAUUCUCCCUGUUAGUACACUGGAUUGUUUGUCUCUCCCAACAACCAUCCUUCAGAAAUGACCUGAAAAUUCUCAAGGCAAUGGAAGUCCAUCCUAACGAAAUGGACACCUCUUGAAAUAUAAGACAAAAAAUACUGUUUAUUAUCUUCUUUACUCUGAUUACUCUGGAAACACCCCAGCCUUUUUGUUGUCGUAAAUAUAUUUUCAUCAGUUGGGAUGGAUGCAUACAACAGACCCGUAAAGUUACAGAAAGAAACAAUCCUACAAACAGCCAUGCUGUCUAACAUUUGGAUGAAUUGUAGCUCACAUAAUCGUUGAACUGAAUCCAGGCCUUUGGUGUUGGCUGCUGGAGCAUGAUAUGAUCUGAGCUCCUGAAGGAAUCCACAGCAUAUUGUACACCAACAGUAUAACAGGUAAAAGGAUCAAAACAAAGACUCUUUUUCCAGUUCAGCUGCAGUUAGCAGAAAUAAAAACUAGUUUUGUCUUUGUGCUGCACAAGCAAUUCUGGCAAUUCUAGAAAUAAAAAUGCUUCCCAUUUAUGUGGGAAAAAACAUUUUUUCCCAAGCUUUCCAUUUAUUCAAUUACCUGGGCUAUCUCAAAUAUGAUCACCUACUGUAUUAACUAGACCCAAAUUUAAAAAUGGAUGUGAAGUCCAGUCUAGACUGAAAAUCAGUCCAAAAGCCAUUUUGAAUGAAUGUUGUCAUUGAAGUAGAACAAAAACGUGUAUCUGAAGUGGUUUUGUGUGAGCUGAUUUUCAGCCGUUUCAACAAAGCUGAAUGAGAGGUGUUCAGUAGUGUGGGAUAGAGGUUUUAACAGUUUACAGUAGCUUUUGUGUCACUGUAGUUGUUUUCUUGAAUCUGCAUUUUUGGUAUAAUGUUGAGAAAACCUCUAUCCUUACUUGGGAUAGGCCGUGCUGACACAGUCAAAGACAAUCAACAACCUGGAAAAAAUUACAAAUAAAAACAUCAAUCAUUCUGCUGGUGAUCAAAAACUAUAAAUAUCUUUGCAAUCGUUUUAGUUCUGUUUUUUAACGAAAAUGAUAUCUAUUGUAACUUCAUUUUAUAGGGAACAAUUUAAUUGGCCAUUUUUCAGUCAGCUUGUUUUCUGGAGAAGACCUCAUCACCCCCAAUCGACAAGAAUUUGCUCCUCAGUCUGUAUAACUGAAUUGUUUUACAGCUAUGCUAGCAGAAAAUGAGUCGGUGAUUGCUCAAUGACCAAUCACCAUUUCAGUGUGCCAACAUCUACGUUUCCUCUCAAAUAAAACGUAUAGGUUCUGUUUUCCCUUGUUUUUUUAGUUGGAAGAUCUACAUGAUGCUUUAGAGAUCCCAUUUCUUCAAAACUGACACCGUUUCAUGAUUGGGUUUAGCAGAAUAGAGUGAUAGUACACAGAGUGCCCUGCAGGGAAAAGGAUGUCACAACAAUGAUGUACUGUACUGUAGCUUGCUGUUGACACCCAUUUCCUAAGAUACAGUAAGGGCACAGGAACACAUAGACACACAGGGAUCGGCUAUGUCCAUCAGCUAUCACUUCCAAUUUAAGUGCUAUAUUUCUUUUGCUACACACGAGUUGACUAAUAAUUAAAACUAUUGCUACCUGCCUGUUCCUAUAUUUUAUAAAUAUGAGAACACCAGCUAUUAGUCUGCUCGUGAUAACCUGAAUGGCCAUAACUGUACCAGUCAUGAUCUUAGCAUGCUGCAAAAGCUGAGAGACACACAGCAGACUGAUUUGUUUUAAGGCAAGCGCAAAAUGUGUAAUGAGCUAGCAUGUAGAAUAAAAAAAGAAAAACAUCUGUGGGUGUAUGGUGUAGUAUUGAGCAUCUUGCAAAGCUCCUAGAAAUGAAGCCAGAAGUUAUUAAAGAAAUGAGGUGAUGUGGUUUAUCUUGAGACUCAGAGUUGCCAAAGGCUUUGAGGUGAGUAUGAAGGUGAUGCGAAGCUGUUUAAAGGCACUUUAAUUAAAAAUAAGUCCUAUACUCCUUUUUUUUAACAGUGGCCAGUGGCAAUUGAAAAUAUUGUGGUAUUAACUUUUUUCACAUCUGAGAGACCUUUUGGUGCACAAUAUUCUGAUGCCUGUUUCUUUUGGAUAUUAAAAGUCUUAGUAUUCAUUGUUUUAACUUCAAAAAGCAAAUUGUUCAUCUUGUCUGUAAUCAUGGUGUAACUGCUGGAUUUAAUUUGUGGAAAUUAAGUGGUAAAUUCAAAGUAUAAAGUGAGAAUUUUGGGGAAACUAAUGAAAGCUUACAUUUUCCCUGUAUUCAGGACGCCUGAGCAGUAAUAGCAUCGGAACAAGUCCUUUAUUCACAACUAGGCAAUACAGAGCUAUCCAGACACAUCUUCUUAAAUGACAGGCAGUUCAGUAACUUGAACAAAUGUACUGGUUAUGAAUUUAUACUAGUUGAAAUAUUAUUCAGUGGCUGUUCACAGUGAAGUACAGUAUUCUACAGGAAGUAUCCACAUUUGGGUAGGGCACUGUCUUAUUAAUCAGGUUAAAUGAUGAGGUCCUGGCAAAGUUAAAUAUACUGUACCUUGAGAAUAGCCUAAUUGGAAUAAGAUACUGUCUAAAUGGCGAUGAGUGGGUUUCAAAAACCAUAAAGCAUAGUGUGAUUUAAAAAUGUUCUUCCUUCAACAUAGGUUCUUUUUCACAUAUUACACACUCACUGGUUCCUCAACAGGACCCUAACAGUUCACUCUGUUUUCAAAAUGUUAUCAUUUGCAUAUUGGAAUAUGGUUUACGUAUGCUCAUUUUGCAGAAUGCUGUUUCCAGUGAGCAUGUGCAUAGUUUUUUUAAGUGUAAUUCUGUACUGUGCAGAACAGGGGAGAGAAAAUCGAUUUUCUCACUUGCAUUUCACAAUCCUGUGUGUGAGUAAGAAAUAAAUUGGUGAUAAAAUAACGCCUGCUGAGGCCUGUGCUGUGGCGUUAUAGACAAAAGGGAGGCAAAAUGAAAUGGAUCAUUGUUUGUUUUAUAACUAAUGUUUUUGUUCAAUGCAAAUCUGGUUUCUUGAGUUCUGAGGUAGUACAGAGUAGCUUAGACUGAUUGGAUGGAUUCAUAUGGGAAUCAAGUAGAUUCCUCUACUCUUGGUUAGCACAAAAGUGAUAUUUUGGCUCUGUUAAGUUUCUGCACAGGAAGCACAGUAUAGAAAUAUUGAAUGAAACCCAAUGGAGAGCCUAAAAAGUUUACAAAGUAUUAAAGUGUUCGACUCUACAUGUAAAAAUCACUGUGGACAAACAAAUCGCUGUUGUGAGAUUUUUUAGUGAGGUGUGUUCAAUAUGUACAGUAUCGAGUGACUCUAAUAGGUUCUGUCAAGCAUAGUGUACCAGUACUUAGCUGAUCCAUUAGUUUUCCUUGUGCUCUUAAUCUGACCAAAUUGGAAAGACAUAGGCAGUAGGUUUAACAAGUGGAUUUGUUCUUUUGGUGGUUGAGUGAUUCCUAAUCAACUGGUGAAAACACAUGGAGAAAUCAAGAAAUUCCCACAUACUGUAAUACUAAUCGGCAAGAUAUCACAGUAACUUUUAAUGUGCCUGCUCUUUUUGUGCCCUUGUCUCUCAGCCAGAGGUUACAACCCACCAGUCAGGCUGUCACCUGUAAACUGUCUGAAAGGGUUUGGUUAUGGACUCCAUAUCUUUACUGUAAACGUUUUCUCUUUAUUACCCUUUUUAGUAGUGUCCACCAAAAAACUCCACUAAAAAUGGUUGGAAAGCCCUGGGGUGCCCAUUGUAUUAUUUCAAGGUAGAAAUAGGUCUUUCUGACAACGUGAAAUACAAUGAAACCACUUUAACUACAGCACUUUUACUUAGGCAUCUGUCUUGAGUGAUUAUACGCUCCCUGCCUGUUAUGUGAGAUUUGUUUGUACAGUAAUAGUCAAGUGUAUUGGAGCACCAUAGGUACAGUACACUAUGUCUCUGGGCUCAGAAUAGUGGGUAGUGGGUUCAAGUCCCUGCUGCCGACCUUCUGUUGUACUUUGAUUGAAGUACUUUACCAGCACAGCUUUGGGUAAUCCCAGUGACGGACUGGCAUUCAGUCCACAGCAGGAUUUUCUUUUGUCUACUUACUGUAACACCACAGAAACCACAAUGAGCUCUGACUUGCUGUUCUCCCAUGGCUUGCAAAUGGAGUAUAUGCAUUUCCUUUGUCUGCCAAUGCAUAUUAUUACUUGUGAUGUUAGUUUUAUUAUUUUUCUAAACACUAUUCUGUAAUAAUAUUUACCAGAAGUACAAGUCGGUUGUUUAUAAUGCCUUUUGACAGAUUCCCAGACUAAAGUGUUGCCUCGAUGUCAUGGGACUCCUUUAGCAGUUGCACAUGGAUGGUAUACACAGGGCUUGCCUCUGAGGAAUCGCCUAGGAAGUGGAGACAAACAAAACAUCUGUGGUAGUUGUUAGCUUUUUUUCUUUCCUAACAACUAGCUUUUUACUUCUCACCUGAAAUAACAGGAAACCUGUAGUUGCCCUCUGCUCAGUAAAAGGAGUAUUAAGAGGCACUCUGAAUAAUCUGAAUAUUUUUCUGUCUUUCUGGACUGCAUAGAGUGGGGUCACUCUUUUGUGUUCUAUACCACAGGGCAGGUUGUUAUAUAGAGGGCAGGCACAGAACAGGUCUCUUGCAUGUCACUGGGUGGUCAUUAACUUGUGGGCUUUGACAGAGUGCUUUAAGCUCUUCAGUUAUGAGUAAGUAUAAUCCCUUGAGGUAGGUAUACCUAAAGGUAUUUCACCUUUCACACUUUCCUCUCAGUAUUGAAAAUGCAUAGUAAAGAUACACUAGAACAACUCAGGAAAACCUGCUAAAGGCUGUAAUUGAAACAUGAUUCUUAUUCUUUAUAACAUUUCAAGGAGUUUGGUGGUUAUAGUAAAGUUGGAACCUAAUCGCAUAAAUAUUGUACUCCUUUAACAUUUCGUUUUCAUUAUUGAUAUCCUCACAGCUAUUCUCUCUGCCUUUGUAUUUUAAAAUCUGUCGCAGUUUCUCCAAGUGGCUUGUGUUAAAUGGGUCUUGUCAUUGUUUCUGUAAAGAAGGCUUACAUGGUAUUGAUCUAUAUUCUCAUUACGGAAAGGAGUAUUCAGUGAAAAUUCCCGACAGUUUCUGAAUCUUGUAAAUAUUUGAUGUGACAGGUCACUGCGCACACACAUUCUGAAUUUGCUGGGGUGAAAAUAUUUGAGUAAUACAACUGGACAUCAUAGUUUACACUUUUUUUUCCUUUGCCGUUCAAUGAGAACAGAAGAAUGGUUACAAAUGCGACCAUUUGACCCGUGUAGCCUGUUUUAUAGUAGAAUAUGAAUCCAAAAAUUUCAUCCAGCUGUUUCUUGAAGGAGGUCUGGGUAUCAACUUCUUUAGCCAGUACCUUGUUCCAUACUCCCAUAACCCUUUGGGUAAAUACUAAGAGCUUCCUGUUCUGAGUUUUAAAUGCUCUUUUCUGUAGUUUUUACUUGUGUCCCCUGGACUCCUUAAAUAAAACUGCAUCAGAAAGAGGGUGAGGUAGUACUGAUUGGCAUGUGUCAUGACUGAUAUUCCUUCUUGUUUGUAUUCACACAUGCUAAACAGGGAUGAUGAGAUCAUGUGGCAAAACACGCCAGGGACACAAUGCCAAAGAGGCAUCAAUCAAUUUUGUUUGGGUAAAACAAGCAGAGCUCCUUCAAGAACCACAUUAUGAUUCUGAACUUCUCCAGAAUGGGACAUUGACCUGGGUGGAUCAAUACCAUGUGAGUCCUCUCUUGGUGAUCAAGUCUCCCAGAUUAGAUCCCGAUGUGUAAUGAACUUUCUCUGCUUUCCUGAUCUUUCACUGAUGGUAGCUACAGACUGUGAGGAGCAGUACUGUGACACUGACAUGUGAAUUCAUUGUGAAUUCUUUGUAUUAGAAGGUGUGUAUGUUACACAGAGUGAAGCUGACUUGGUAGUUCAGUGCCUAUAUUUGUGAGGUAGUGCCUCUACUACAAAUUCUAUAAUAAAAGACUUUAUUUGAUGUCUGA